AUGGUGCUGGCUGGACGCACACACGUGUGGCCGCUCAACAGCGCUGCGCCCGACCUGUCUGUCGUCGCUCCUCUCGGUCUCGUGCAACCUGUCGUCCAGCUUCAGCAACCAGUCCAGCAGCUUCAGCAGCACCAGCUGCAGCCGGGCCGACCUCGUCGACCUGCGAGGUGGUUCCGCCUCAUGGCGCUCCCCCUCGAGCUCAUCCACGUCAUCCUGUCGUACCUCGAGACGCCCGACAUCCUCGCCAUCAGCUGCACCUCGCGUGCGUUCGCCAACCUCCUGCGUCGCUCGGGCGACCGCCGCGCUCUCAAGGUCUGGACCCAGGCGAGGAUCAACAUGGAGGUGCCCAAGCUCUCGUCCGACUUGCGCGCCGGCGGCGACGACGUGGCGGCCGAGGUUCUGCUCGCGAGGCUCAUCGGCGGGACGACGUGCCAGGUGUGCGGCGGCGAGGCUCGUCACGCAGAUCUCGACGCCCGCACGAGGGUCUGCAUGACCUGCGCGAGCAGCCUGUUCAUGCGCACGCAGCAGAUCUCGCAGGCGCACCCCUACCUCCACCCUCGGACCCUCGAGUGCGCGUUCGACACGUGGGACGUCGAAGCCGACCCCGUCAUCGACGAGUUCUUUCUGCCGGACGUCCUCGCCAUCUCGGCUCGCCUUACCUCGAUCGCGGCACACGCGCUCGGUGCUGGCGUCCAUCCCGAUAUAGCGCUAGGGCCGUACAUCACGCGGCGGAUCAAUCUGCGCGCGCGUGUGUACUUCGACGCCAGGACGCUGGGGAGUUGGCUUCGAGGACGGGCACUGCGAGCGGCUCAAGCGAGAAAGGACCGCCUCGGCCGUCGGCAGCAGCAGCUGUACGCCAAGCUCGCGGCGCUCGGGUUCGCCCAGGACAGCUACGACUACGACAGCGUCUGGGACGAGCUUAUCGAGGUCUGUCACGAGCCGUCGGUGCCGUGCGAGGGUGAGGCGGACCGCCAAGAGCGCAAAGAGCGCAACGACAACCUCAAGGCGUUCUGCAGCACCGACGAGCCUCUUGACGAUGACGAGUGGGACGUCUUUAAGGACCGCAUCGUCGCCUGGAUCGAGCGAAACCGCCGAGAGCGCCGCGAGCGCAAGAAGAACUAUGCGCACAACUGGCAGCGCCGUGCCCUCAAGCCGCUCUACAACGACGUGCAGCUGAACGUCGACGACAAGACGCUCCCCUUCCUCCUGCCACUCUCGUCGUUCCUCCGCCUGCCCUCCCUGUGCGCCGAGUGGCAGUGGGUCGGCCCUCUUCGCAUCGAGGUCUACGCCCAGAAGUUCAGCAGAAUGCUGCCCGCCGCCGUCGCCGACGCCCUCGAGGCGGUGCGCAACGACCGCCUCGUCCUCCUCGACCGCAUCGCCCGCACCCUCCUGGCCGACGGCGACCCUCUCCCCUCCUCGAUCGACCUCGCCCUCUCCUCGGCACCCUCGCCCUUCCUCGACCGCGACCCUCGCACCGGCGUCGAGCCCGCCUGGGCCGCCAUCUCGCCCGCCGACGCCGACGCCCUCCUCGAGCGCGCCGUCGCUCUCUUCCGGUGCGGCGUGUGCGGCCUCCUCGGACGCUUUGCGCAGCUCGUCCCGCACGUGCACGCCUCGCACGGCAUGCGCGCCCCGCCGAGGUGCCUCGUCGCGCCGGCGCACGUGCGCGCGCUCGUCAGGUCGGCGGCGGGCGCGACGACGACGGCCGACGAGUGCGAGAAGAUGGGCAGGGUGUGGGAGAUCUCGAGCGACGGCGGCGGAGGAGGUGGCGCGGGCGGAGGAGGAGACGGUGGGGCGGCUGCACGUCCGUGGAAGCUCAAGGGGCAGACCUGGGCCGAGGUGAUGCACCAGAACUUCCUCGGCGUCACGGCGCUCAAGGUCGGGCGCACGCUGCGUCGCUCCACUCUCGAGGGUCCGGGCGCGCCCCUCGCUCUGCCGACGCCCUCGCCGAGCGCCGAGCACGGGAGGGUGCGCGUCCUCGGCUUCGACGCCGGCGAGUACACGGAGACGGCGUGGGCGUGGACGUAG